AACCAAAUCAGAGUUGGCCAAGUUAAUCAAUUUCUUGAAGAGCAUUAAAAAAAAAACCAGAAUCAAGGAGAAAAAAUAAUGGCCACCACCGACUCAGGCUAUGAUCGGCUGGCGGAGCAGAAGGCAUUCAGCGCAUCAAAAGCCGGAGUGAAGGGGCUAGUGGACGCCGGAGUCAAAGAGCUACCCCGGAUGUUCCACGCGCCGCCGCAUUUCCUCAACGGCAGACCUCCAGCUCCUGCCGGUGACCCGGAGUUCUCCGUCCCGGUAAUCGACCUGGCAGGUGCGAGAGACGAUCACGACCCCGAGGAGCGGAAACGAAUCGUCCAGAAAAUCAGCGACGCAUCGGCAAAGUGGGGCUUCUUCCAAAUCGUGAACCACGGCGUCCCGACAAGCACCCAGAACAAGAUCAAAGCCGGGACCCACCGGUUCUUCAACCAGGACGCGGAAGCGAAAAAGGAGUAUUUCCGCGCCGAGCCGAUGUCAAAAGUCGUGUACACGUCUAACUACGGCUUGUACACGGCGCCGGUUGCCUAUUGGAGCGAUGUGAUCCUGUUCAACAUGGCGCCAGAGCCACCGGAGCCGGAGCAAAUCCCGGCUUGCAUCAGGGAAAACGUGCAGGAAUUCUCUGAGGAAAUAUCCAAGGUCGGGGGCUUGAUGUUCGAGCUACUGUCGGAGGCGUUGGGUCUUGCUUCGAAUCACUUGAAGGAGGAGAUGGGUUGCGCGGAAGGAAUGGGAUUAGCCUGCAACUACUAUCCUCAUUGUCCUCAACCGGAGCUCGCUCUGGGAAUCACCCACCACACCGAUAUUGGGUUCAUCACGGUUCUUUCCCAGGACCACGUCGGAGGUCUGCAAGUCGUUCAUCGAGGUCACUGGGUUGAUGUGCCUCCAGUGCCGGAGGCUUUAGUGGUCAACAUCGGAGAUAUGCUUCAGCUGAUAUCAAACGAUAAGUUUAAAAGUGUGGAGCAUAGAGUGAUUGUGAACAAUGUUGAACCAAGAGUAUCAACGGUUUGCUCUUUUGGUAACGGGUUUAUGUUGAAAUCAAGAAUGUAUGGACCUAUAAAAGAGCUGUUAUCGGAAGAAAAUCCUCCCAUAUACCGAGAAAUUUCCAUCGAAGAAUUCUUUUUCAAAUCCUACAAAAAGGGCUUCGAUGGUAACUCUUAUCUGCCCCAACUUAAGCUCUGAGGUUCAAUUGUCUCUUUUGAACAAGAUCGAUGACAUAGUACAAGGGUUACUACUACUUCUUCUUCAUGGCAUGCUUUGCAAGAUUAUCGUUUAAUAAAAGAUCGACAACUAUGGCGAUAAUGAGAUGCGCACUACUGUAACUUAUGUUUAUGCAUGCAUGCCUGUGUUGGAUCUGUAAUGGUUUCUGUUUUUAAAAGAGAGUACUAUGUGUG